GCCGUGGUUACCCGCCGCGGGCCCUCCGCGGAGGCAGAGCCAUGGAGGUCCCUGCAGGGCUGUCUGCCAGAAAGGAGUCCCCUGCCUUGCCCACUGCUGCAGCUCUUCCCAGCAAGUCACAACCAGCAACACCAGUACAGAUCACAGUACUGAAGGCACAGGGCCUGAAAACUAUCAAAAGCAACAUGUCAGUUACUCUGGUGCGUGUGGAAUACAACGGAGCAAUCUUGGGAGAAUCCUCCAAGACUGAUGUCUUGCCAAAUGGGACAGCAAACUAUGAUUUCAUGACCAGCUUUGAGAGCAGCCCCAAUGGGCCCAACUCUUUGGAUGACAUUGCACAAAAACCUGUGCUCUUGACAGUGGUAGAAUUGUUGCAAAAGGAGAAGAAGCAGAAGGAGAAGACCGUACCUCUUGGCCAAGCUGUGGUGGACCUUCUACCUCUGCUGCAAGGACAGUGUUCAUUUAAGGUCUCAGCUCCUUUGUAUGCAGUACCUACCUCUCCAUUAGAGAGCCUUCACCCGGAGGCCAAGGGUGGCCUUGAAGUGACAGUGUGCACUAAAGAGCCCCUGCUUUCUGCAACGCAGUUUGCAAAUGGUAACCUCCUGAGUGUCACGCUGGAGGCAGCUUAUUCCAUCCCCGAAGCAUUUGCUCCCACUGGACCCCUACAAAACUACAUGGCUUGCUUGCACGUACCAGCAGCUGGGGAGAAGGAAUUCCCCUUGCUCUUCACGAAUGGCAUCCUGAAGCUUGCUGGUGAAAAAGAGCCAUUACCCCGGCCCAAAAAAUGGCCCCUUGCUAACAUCAUGGCCCCUGGCGCUCUGAGCAUACCCAACUCCUUCAUUGUUGGUGGUCCUUAUGAGGAUGAGGAUGGAGAGCUCAACAAAAGAGAGGACAGGGAAUUUAGGAUCCAAGCAGAAAACAUGAAGAGAAUCGUAUGGGACACGGAAAGGCGUUGUUACCUGGAUCCUGCUACACUAGCCAUCCUCCAGAAGCGCAUCAUGGAGUGCCGGUACUGGCCCGUGGAGGUCUGCAGGAUGUCUGUGGCCUCAUCCAGCAAAGGGAAAACCAGCAAAGCUGACAAGGGAGAUGAGGACAAGCAGAUUUCCUUCCAUGGCGUGGCAUAUGUCAACAUGGUGCCUUUGCUGUGCCCUGGUGUGAAGCAGAUCCGGGGCGCUUUUCGUGUCUUUGCCUACCAGGACAGCGAGGUGUUUGAGAAGACCAAAAGUCAGCACAGUGUUUUCUGGGAUCUCAGGACGCAGAUCAGUCUGACUAAGGAAGAGUCAUGGACCUCAGGAAUCAGUACUCCUCCUUCCAGAGCUGCUCCCAGCAAGACUCAGAAGGAAGACAAAGAGAAACUCACCAGAGAUAAGGAUUCCAACAGAAGGAUGUCCAACGUGCCCAAAACCCAGUUGUCAGAUGCCACUGUAGAAACUGAAAAUGUCACAUAUCUCAGCCUUGAUGGACAGCAAUACGCUGAAGCAGGAACGUUCCUGAUGAUGGAGAUAAAGCUGGACAAGGCCUUGGUACCGAAGCGAUUGCGAGAGGAGCUCACCAGACGAGUCAAACAGAUGAUUCCUCCUCGCGCUCCGCUGCCUCCCCGGACUGCAGGAGCCAAAAAGGCUGUGGAAGAUUAUCACAACCGUGUCACGAGCAUUGCUGUUGCCAUCCUAAAUGAAUACCAUGAGCUCUUUGGGAAGCAGCUGCCUGACCAGGGAGUGAUAGACCACCAAACCUUGGAGGAACAGAAGCGUCAGCUCAACUUUGAGCUCAACAGCUCUGGGAAAUAUUUUGCUUUUAAAGAACAGCUAAAGUAUGCUGUUGUGAAGAUUGUGAGGGAGAAAUACCUGAAGACCACAGCAUUUGAGUCCCAGGAGCAGUUACAGGCAUUUCUCAGUGAGCUCUAUGUGUACCUCGUGGACCAGAUGCACAUUGCCCUGAACCAGCUACUGUCUGAGGAAGCCGCUUCUCCUGUUCCUCUGUCCCGCACGACAGAGGAGCAGCUCUGGCUCUUUGCUCAUGAAGCUGAAGUCAACAAGGACUACAAGCUGGCAUCUCUCUACCACCAGCAGAGGGUAGCUCAGGACCAGCACAACAUUCAGUACUGGCUGGACUAUGGGGCGUUCUGCCUCCUGCUUGAGGAAACAACCAAAGCCCAGGAGUGCUUCCAGCAGGCUCUUUCUCUGGACGCCCAUCACAUCCAGAGCUUGCUGCUCUGUGGGAUUGUGGCUGUCACACUGCAGCACUAUGAAGAGGCAGAGAUUUUCUUUGAGGAUGCCUGCUGCUUGGAGCCAUCCAACAUUGUAGCCUGGACACUUUCAGGUUUGUUUUAUGAGCUGCAGAAUAAUAAUAUUCAGGCGGAAAUGGCCUUCCGUGAGGCUAAGAAGCUACUGCGAGCAGAGCUCGCCAAGGAGAGGAGCAUCCCUGAGGCUGCUGAAGAAGGAGGGAAAAAACACAUUUCUGCUGGGUGUGUGAGGUCUCCCAGCCCAGGGCCAGAAGAGUGCUUGCCAGAGAGAGUUCUUGACAGCUCAGCCGACAAACUGCCAGAGGUGCUGGAGCUGGCCUGUGUAGCACCCGGGGAAGAGGCUACUGCACCAGAGGCAGCCCCAAAAGCACCAUCCCCUGGUUCAGCCCUUGGCCAACCUCCCUGCACAAUCUUCAUGAAGGCAGUGGAAUUCCUGAUGAAAGUCAAUGCCAUCCAGUUUGUUCACAGGGCGCUUGCCCACGAGCUGCUAAGCCUUCAGGGAGGUCCCUCCUGUGCAUACUACCUGGUGCUGGCCCAGACUUCCUUGCUGAAAGAAGAUCUCUCCAAAUGUGAAGAAUGUCUCCAUGCGGCUGUUAGGAUUGACUGCAUGAAUCCAAAUGUCUGGGCUCAGAAAGGGCACCUGUGCUACCUGAAGAGGGACUUUGGUGACGCAAAAGGGUGCUAUGAGCGAACCAUCAGUCUUCUGGAGGAUGCUGCAGAUAUGCACUUCGUCUACCUGCGCCUGGGCUCCAUCUACCUGGAAGAGAAAGAGUAUGGCCGGGCGAAGCAGACCUACCUGCUUGCCUGCAAGAACUCUGCGUCCUGUCUCACCUGGCUGGGAGUGGGAAUUGCCUGCUAUAGGCUGGAAGAGAUGGUGGAAGCAGAGGAUGCUCUCUCUGAAGCCAAUGCCCUAAAUAACACCAACGCUGAAGUGUGGGGAUAUCUUGCCCUCAUCUGCCUGCAAGGAGGACGGCAGCUGGAGGCUGAGCAGUGCUACAAGUACACCCUCAAGCUGGGCUUGAGGAACGACGCGUUGCUGCGGGAGAUCCGCGCCGCCCAGCAGCGCCCGUACCUGAACGUCUUCAAGCAUUUCCGCGUGGAGGAGUGGAAGCGCUCCGCCAAGGAGGGGGACGUGGCCGCCCUCACGGACGCGAGACUGAAGGGAACCGUCUACCGGAUCCGGGGCUCCGUCCCCGCCAGCAGCUACCUGCAGCUGCCCCGAUCGGGGACGCAGUCACUGGGGCUGGCGGGGCGUUACCUUUACCUGCUCUUCAGGCCCAUGCCCCGCAAGCACUUCGUGGUCCACCUGGACGUCACCACUGAGGAAAACCUGGUGGUUCGCAUCUCUUUCUCCAACCUCUUCAAGGAGUUCAAAUCCACAGCCACCUGGCUGCAGUUCCCCUUUGUCUGCGGAGCGGCCGAGGGCUCUGUGUGCGACCGUGCGGCCGAUCUCCUGGGCGCAGCCCCUGUGGACGUGCGCUGGACCUGCUUGGUGCUUGACCUCCCCUCCAUCCUCUCCCUAUACCUCAACCGCCGUUACAAGCACCUGAAGAGUGUCAAGCUCUGCUCCAACCUGAUGGUGAAAAACCUCUGCACAAGCGACUUGGUGUUCGACCCAGGUGUGACCUUCUCUGAGGCUCGGCUGGCCGACCUGGCCUGCCGCGGGGUCGCUCCCAUGCCGCGGGAAAUGGCUUUCCCUGUGCCAAAGGGAGAGAAGUGGCACGACCUCUACGACUACAUCAGGUUCCCAUCCGAGGGGUCCAAGCUGCCAUAUGACUCCAUCCAGAAGAGCUGUGCCAGUCCUGCAGCAGGUGGCCGAGUCUCGGAGGACCCCGUCUGCCAGCUGCCCCAGCCGGUGACGCUCACCAAAGCAGUCCGUGACCGACUGUCCCUCAUCCAUCAGAUAACCAGUCCCAAAGCCAUGCCGCACCGGUGUUCUCUAAUUACUAAAACCAUCCCUGAGGUUCACCUGACAGCCCCAGGGCCUCCGAGAGUGGUGCCUGCUGGGGACCAGAAGCUAGAGAAGAACCAGAGACCACACAAUGCAGGGCACACUGGGCAGUCACCAGCAAUCACUGAUGGUGGCAUCCACGUGUACGCUCACCAGAGGAGCAAACGAACCACCCGAGCUGUCUAUGCUGGCUCAGAGGAGAGGCUCUUACCAGAUCCCAUCCUGAAGCUGAGAAUGAUUAUUGGCUUUGGAGGCUGCCGCACCAAACAGGCGCUGUGGACUCAGGACAACACUGCGGUGGUCUACCCCUGCCAUGCUGUUAUAGUGACCCUGCAGAUCCAGACUGGAGAGCAGAGGUUCUUCAUCGGACACACGGACAAGGUGUCAGCACUGGCCUUCAACGGGAGCAGCACCUUGCUGGCCUCGGCGCAGGCUGGUCCCCUGAGCGUGGUGCGUCUCUGGGACUUCCCAACAGGCAGCUGCCUCUCCGUGUUUAAAACCCACGUCCAGUCCCUCUUGUCCCUGAGCUUUUCCUACAGUGGAGCUGUUCUGUGUGGUGUUGGAAAGGAUGGGCACGGCAAAACGAUGGUGGUGGUGUGGAAUGCUGCUCAGGUCACCUGUGGUGGAGAGGUGGCUGUGCUGGCCAAAGCACACACCGAUGUGGACAUCCAGGCCUUGAAGAUCGCUUUUUUUGAUGAUAGAAGGAUGGUAUCGUGUGGCUGGGACAACAUCAGGCUGUGGCGAGUGCGGAGUGGAGCGCUGCACUCGUGUCCCGUCAAUCUGGGCGAGUACCAUUCCCUGGAGUUCACUGACCUGGCCUUCGAGGAGGGGCACGCGGCCGAGCAGGAGCCGGAGGACCGCACGCUCUUUGUCUGCAGCAAGAGUGGCCACAUCCUGGAGGUGGAUUACAAGAACGUCUGCAUGAGGAGCGCACGGCGGCUCCUGCCCGCACAGCCCCAGGGCUGCCAGCAGCAGGACAAGGCAGGCAGCAGUGCAGGCCCUGGGAUCGCUAUAAACAGUAUUAGCCUCUCCUCAACCUUCUGUGCCACAGGUUCAGAAGAUGGCUACCUGCGCCUGUGGCCACUGGACUUCUCAGCUGCUGUCUUAGAGGCAGAGCAUGAGGCUCCGGUGAGUUCUGUCUACAUCAGCCCAGACAGCCACAAAGUCUUGUGCACAACUGCCACUGGGAAUCUGGGCUACCUGGAUAUCCAGUCCCGGGACUAUAACACCCUCAUGCGCUCUCAUGAGGACUCCAUUUUGGCAUUCUCAGUAGAGGGGACUUGGAAGCAGAUGGCAACAGUGUCUAAGGACAAUACCAUCCGAGUCUGGGACCUCGUCUCCAUGCAGCAGCUGUAUGACUUCACAGCUGCAGAUGAAAUGCCGUGUGCUGUGGCCUUUCACCCCACACAGCAGAUUCUGGCCUGUGGCUUUGACAGCGGGAUGGUGCGGACCUUCAGCUUGGCUGCCUCCGAUCUCCUGGUAGAGCACAAGCAGCACCGCACUGUGAUCACUGGACUGACCUUCUCUCCCAAUGGCAAGUUCAUGUUCAGCUCCUGUUUGCAGGGAACUCUGGCUCUCUACAGCUGUAUGGUGCAAAAAAGCCACAUCCUGAGAGUCCUGGGCAAUGUGGUGGCCCAGGAUGCUGAGAGCGGUCCAGAUGCUUUGGUGGUCAGUGGGGACAACCAUCUCCUGGCUUUUGUGGGUCCCUCCAAGUACGUUGUGACCGUGAUGGAGGCCUGCUCUCUAGAUGAGCUGCUGAGGGUGGACAUCAGCAUCCUUGAUUUGAACAGCAUGGCCUUGGACUCUGCAGUGAGAGUCUGCUUCGCUCCUGUGCCCCGAGGCGAGCUCCUGGUAUCCACUUCUUCCAAUAAAAUCCUUGUGCUUGAUGCAAAAACAGGACGACUGGUGCGAGAGGUGUCUCCUGUGCACAAGCUGUCCUGUUCUUCCUUGGUGCUGAGCAAGGACAGCAGAUACCUGCUCACUGCUGGUGACAAAGUUAUCAAAGUGUGGGACUAUCAGAUGCGCUUCGAUAUCAACUUCCAGGUGUACAUUGGCCACUCGGAGCCCGUGCGCCAGGUGGCCUUCACCCCGGACCAACGGCACGUCAUCAGCGUUGGAGAUGCCAUCUUCCUCUGGGAUUUCCUGGCUCUGCCUGCAGAGAGGUCGCCCCCAGCCAGGGCUUGUUCCUCCAAGUCCACUCUACUGCCAGGAGCAGAAGGGAGCCCUGAGAAGCUAAAGGAUUCCUCUGAAACACCUCGGCAGAUAGUUCCUCUGCCGUUGUCAUCCUCGCCACCAUGUUUGGAUGUCAGCUCUGUCCACCAAGCGGGAUGUCAAAGUAUUUUCUCUGAAUCAGACAAAGAGGAGGAAGCAGGUCUGCCAGGCAGCAGCGGGAUCGUGGCAAACGGAGACAAAGAUGCCUCGGUCCUUGUGGUGGAGUCAGUCAGAAAUGAGGAGCUUCUUGUGAUGUCCAAAGUGAGGCAGAAGAGCUCAAGGUCUCCUGAGGAAUCAGCAAAUGAACCCAGAAAGGAGACCAAAAGUCCCAAGUCCCAAUGCUCCAUCCGCCCAGAUUCCUACCGGCAUUUCACUCCUCGCUUUAAGGCAUCGGUGCUCCCCCAGAGUUUCUUAUCUCCUCCAGCUGGCAGUGAGGUCUUGAAGCUGAAAGCAGUGAUUGGCUACAAUGGGAACGGCAGAGGGAAUAUGGUGUGGAACCCAGACACAGGCUUCUUUGCCUACACCUGUGGCUGCAUCAUUGUGGUUGAAGACCUGCACUCGGGAUCACAGAACCACUGGCUGGGCCACACAGAGGAGAUCUCUACACUCGCCGUCAGCCAUGAUGCCCAGGUUCUUGCCUCUGCCUCAGGAAAGAGGACUGGAGACUCCCAUUGUCAGAUCUGCAUCUGGAACGUCCAGGAUGGGGUUUGCACAGCAAGUCUCUUCCAUCACGAGACACAAGUACAAGCCAUGGCAUUCUCUCGGGACGAUAGGUUCCUUAUUACCCUGGGGGACUACAGUGAUCAAACCAUUGCUCUGUGGAAUACCUACACUUAUGAACUCAUGUCGUCGAUAUGUAUCUCGGAGCCAGUCCAUGAUGUGGCUUUUAGUCCUCUUUCUCACAGAGAACUGGCCUUUGUGGGGAAGGGAGCUGUGACGUUUUGGCUGUUGGAACAACAGGGAGCUGAUGUCAACCUCAAGGUUCGUCGGGCCCCUGCCCCGGAGGUGUUGGGGCCAGUGGAGCUGACCUCCCUCUGUUAUGGUGCCGACACCCUUCUUUAUAGUGGAACCAACUCAGGACAGAUCUGUGUGUGGGACACCGAGACUAGUCGCUGCUUCAUGACAUGGGAGGCAGAUGAGGGCGAGAUUGGUGUGCUGGUGUGUCGGUGCAGCAGGCUGGUGAGCGGCAGCAACACCAAACGCAUCCGCCUGUGGGCAGUGGCCACCGUGCAGGAGCUGAGGCUGAAAGGUCCCAAUGCCAGGUCUAGCUCGGUCCUGCUAGAACAUGAGAUAACCCUCGAUGGGACCAUAGUCAGCACAGCCUUUGAUGACUCUCUAGAAAUGGGAAUUGUGGGCACCACGGCAGGAACGCUGUGGUACGUCAACUGGACGGAGAGCACAAGCAUCCGACUAAUCAGUGGCCACAAGAACAAGGUGACUGAAGUGUGCUUCAGUCCUGACGAGACUCACUGUGCGACAUGUGGGGAAGAUGGCAGCGUGAGGAUUUGGUCUUUGGGCAGCAUGGAACUGGUGGUACAGUUCCAGGUGCUCAACCAGAGCUGCCAGUGCCUGGCCUGGAAGCCUCAUCCUGUUGUUGCGUGGGGAUCUGAGAGCCAGCAUGUAGUGGCAGGGUACAGCGAUGGCACCAUCCGUGUGUUCAGCAUUUCCAGGACAGAGAUGGAGCUGAAAAUGCACCCCCAUGCUGCUGCACUGACGGCAAUUGCCUACUCCACAGACGGAGAGAUGAUCUUAUCAGGAGGCAAGGACGGGCUUGUGGCUGUCAGCAGCCCUCGCACCGGGAUGACUAUCCGUGUCCUCGCUGACCACAAAGGCUCCCCCAUCACUGUUCUCCAGUGCACCCGGAAGCAGGACCGUGACUUUGGGGUGGAAGGAGGUGAGCUCUGGCUGGCCACCAGCUUGGACCGCCGGGUCAGUGUCUGGGCCUCUGACUGGCUGAAGGAUAAGUGUGAACUCCUUGACUGGCUCAGCUUCCCAGCUCCUGCCAGCCCUGAGGGUCUCAGCAGCCUCCCACCCAGCCUGGCUGCAUUCUGCCCUUGGGAACCUGGUACCCUGGUCUACGUCGGCUUUGGGAUGCAGAAAGAGGCCUUAUUCUACAGUCUGCACAAGAAACAGGUAGUUGAGAAGAUUUCUUUGCCGUACUUUGCCACAUCACUCAGCUUGUCUCCUGCAGCACAUUUCAUGGCUGUUGGCUUUGGUGAACGGCUGCUGAGGCUGCUGCGCUGCCCCGCCAGCGAUGUGCAGGACUACGCCGGCCAUGAUGACGUUGUCCACCUCUGCCGCUUUGCCCCCUCUGGCUGCCGUCUCCUCACGGCCUCCCACAGCGCUGUCCUCGUCUGGGAACUCACGGGGGGCUGAGCUGGGAGCCCCCUGAGCCAGCGGCACUUCUCCAGCCGGGGACGAAGGCUGGGGGCG